CGGGUGGCCUUUUCAGCCCAGGGUGGCCUUGAUUGCCUUCAGGGAAUGAUAACACCUCAAGGCCAUCGCCUUUUUUGUCUUUUGUGCAUGUGGAGAGUAGUGGAGCGAGGCCCAGUCUCCAAUACGAUUCACAAUCACAAAACGAGAAAACAAGCAGCAGAGCACCAGUCGGGCUGGAAGGCCAGCGUAAGCGUGGUGCCCCUCGUCUCUUCCUCGGCGAUGGUCAUUGCGAUGGUCAUUGCAGAGCCGAAGGGCUAAAAAAGGAAACACAGGCGACCAUGUCCGCAGCUGAAGGGAGCUGUGGCAACGUGGAGUGUCGAACCGAGAGCACCGGGUAGAAGUUCCGCGGGUGGUGCAGACAGCUACUCAGGGCAGGAGAAGGUGCUCGAGAAAAUCUCGACUCUCGAGUCGCCGAGCUCCUCUCUCUUGCUCCUCAUUCCCUGCAUGGAGGCCUUCUUGUCAUAUACCGUUAAUUGCAGCGUGGGCAGUGUGUGUGUCCAGCGCUUUCCACGUGGCACUUGCAAUAGUCGUAGUAGUAGUAGUAGUAGCAGCAGUACUGAGCGGGUGUGGGGUGCCAGUUUGCACCCCCCUAAUUCGCACCCCCGCCCUUCUUCACAUUCCUCGUCAACAAGACCUUGGUGGGGGAGGAGGACGGGCAGGAAGCACGUGGAAGAUGGGCAAGAGGUUCAUCUUGGAUGGGUCACACGUGGCGGGAAAAAAGGCGGGAAAAGGGGCGGGAAAAAGGGCGGGAAAAAGGGCGCCACGGAGAGGGAGGAGAUCGUCGGCGGCCUCUGAAGAACCAUUUGGUGGCGCGGGAGCGAGCUGAUAGAAUCAUAAGGCAUCGGUCGCUGUCUAUCCUUCCGGUUGCCACGUGGCUUCUGCUUGCCACGUGGACGCAGAACACGUGGCUGCUGCUGGUGCAAGCGGAUCGUAGAGAUUGUCUCCGAACGUGUGGCUGGCGUUUCCGUGAUCGGUGUCGAGUUGAUUGGUGUCGAGGUGAUUGGUGUCCGGUUGAUUGGGCGAGGAAUGCUGACUCAGCAGCUGCUGGAUGUCCUCCUGGUAAGACGCUUCAGCGCGGGAGAAAAAGGCGCGAAAGCACGUUGAGCAGCUGGGGUCUCGAAGCAGUGGGAAGGCGCGGUGUGGGUGUAGGGAGUAGAGAGAGAGAGAGUAAGGAAGGAGGAGGAGGAGGAGGGGGCGGAGGUGGUCUUUGGGGAGAGGAGCGUGGGCGUCAAGGAGUAGCAGGAAGGGCAGGAGGAGGAGCUACAGCAGGAGGAGGAGGAGAAGCAGGAGAAGGAGGAGGAGAAGGAGGAGGAGGAGGAGGAGGAGGAGGAGGAGGAGGGGGGCAACGAGAGCUGUGGGAGUUCCUGAUGGCGUGGCGUAGCCAUGGAAAAGACAAUCAAGACUUGGUUGCUCGGCUUCUCAAGAACGGGAUUCUGCAGACGCCACGUGUCGCGGAGGCCAUGAAGCAGAUAGAUCGGGGUCUCUUCGUGCCGUCGGGAUGGAGUGCGUACGAAGAUAGCCCUCAACCGAUAGGGUUCAAUGCGACGAUAUCUGCGCCACACAUGCAUGCCCACUGCCUCGAGCUGCUGGAACGACAGCUGCAGCCUGGGAUGAAGGUGCUUGAUGUGGGCUCGGGAUCGGGAUACCUCACGGCUGUUUUCUCCUUGCUAGUAGGAGAGAAGGGGCGAGCCAUUGGAGUGGAGCACAUAACAGAAUUGGUCGAACGCAGCAUCCGGGACGUGAAGCGGAGCAAAGCGGCGCCGUUCUUGGAGAGCGGGGUUCUCUCGCUCCAUGCAGGAGAUGGGCGGCAGGGUUGGCCAGAAGAAGCUCCGUACGACGCCAUCCACGUCGGGGCAGCUGCUCCCGCCACUCCCGAUGCGCUCAUCAGUCAGCUAAAGCCCAAUGGGCGGCUCGUCGUACCGGUCGGUAAAUUCUUUCAGGAUCUGAAGAUAAUUGACAAGCUGCCAGAUGGGACAGUCAAGGAACACACAGCUAUGGAGGUCCGAUAUGUGCCUCUUACGACGAGGGAGCAGCAGGUGAAAGGAGGUUCGUACCAGCGGGCUGGCGGGUUGACGAAUAGAGCAGCGUAUAUGUGCCAGGUUCGUUCUCUUGGCUGGCCGGUUGUGCCUGUAGGUGGACGCUUUCUGGUCGCGCAGGUGCAUGUAAUUGGUGUGAUCUGUGUGCGAGGACACAGUCGCAAAAGGACCACGCAAGCAACAAGGAAGAAGGAGCAGGGAGGUUGGAGGAUCAAGGAACAGCCAGCCAGUUAUGGACUCUGAGAUUCGUCGGUGUACAGGUUGAAGUUGAUGAUGCAUCAUCGGCAGGUCUGUGACAGCAGCAUCACACACUCUUGUGUCACAUGUGAUAGUGUCAUACACUGUGUCUCACAUGUGAAUAGUGUCACACUCUGCCAUACACUGUUUACCGGAAUGAGCUGUGUCACACACUGUCUCAGUCAGCGGGUGCGGUGACAGUGUCACCUAUAUGAACAGCAGUGUCAUACAUCUGAAAGAGUGUGACACACUCUGUUGCAGUCAGCAGGGCUGUGGUGGUAGUGUCGUCACCUAUGGGCAGCAGUGUGUGACACAGCUCAUAGAUGACACUGGCAUCAAUCCUGCUGACGGAGUGUGCGACUUAGUAUCACUGAUGAGCUGGGUCGCACUCUGUCUAGCAUGUGAUUUUGUGUCACACACCGUGCCACAGUCAGCAGUUCUGUGAUAGUGUGACCUAUACGCAGCAAUAUGCCGAAGAAAGAAGGUCUGUGUGACGGCACCCAUCGCACACCUACGAGCUCUCUGUUACAUCACCAUUAAUCGCGGGCAGGCCUGUGUCGCCUCGGCGAAUGGCGUGAUCGCUGUUAUGCGAGCUAUGGCAUGAAGUGGGUGGUCUACUUCUGUGAACGGAAGAAAUUGCUGAAGCACUCUUCGAAAAAUCUGUCGACAACAGGGUGGAAAUUUAUGAAAUGGGUCUCCAACCCCCCCAAGGGUCUAAAAAGUCUAUUAUGAACCCAGAAAUCGGAAGGGUACUCAUUAUCGAGUCCGUGGGGCUGAAAAAGUUACAUGGGGCUGAAUGGUACGCGCAUGCCAACUGUUCUAAGAACAGAUCGGGAGUUUGAACCCUGAUUGGGACCAGAUGGGACCAGAUGGGACCAGAUGGGUAAGAGCGACUCUUGAAUCUGUCCAGUGUGGGGAGUCUACGAGGAGGGAGGGAGGAAGGAAACAGAGGCCACUUAGUGUACCCAGGCUCAUGUGGCUGUUAGAGAACAGGUUGCAAGUUCAAAUCCUGAGGAAAUCAGAUGGGUGUAGAGUCAUGUUAGGGGGGACUAUAUGCCCUUCACACGAGAAAGAGAGAAAUGGCACAAGCAGAAGGCCGCUCAUUAUCGAGCCGAGCCCAUGGAGCUGAAAGCUGUUGAAUGGUAGCCGCAUGUUAGUAAUCGGAUCAGUGCUUCGAACCUUGAUUGGGACCCGAUGGGACCAGAUGGGACCAGAUGGGACCAGAUCAGAUGGGACCAGAUCAGAUGGGACCAGAUCAGAUGGGACCGGAUGGGACCAGAUGGGUAAAAGCGACUCUCGAAUCUGUCCAGGGUGGGGAGUUUACGAGGAGGUCGGACGGAAACAGAGGCCACUUAGUGUAUCCGGGCUUGUGUGGUGGAAUGGCACACAAGUGGAAUUUUUAGUUUAGAGAACAGAUUGCAAGUUCGAAUCCUGGCGGAAUCAGAUGGGUGUACAGUCGGGUUAGGGGGGACUGUGGCCUUCACAAGAAAACAAGAAAAAAGAAAAGAGCACACAAGAAAAAAAGAAAAUGGCACACUUAGUGUAUCUGGGCGUGUGUGGCGGAAUGGCACGCAAGUGUAACUUGUAGUUUAGAGAACAGAUUGCAAGUUCGAAUCCUGGCGAAAUCAGAUGGGUUGAGGAGGUCGUCAGAGACCCUGACGAGAUCGGCAGGAGAAUCUUUCUUUUUGAAGGUACAUCCUGGCAGUCUGAAAUGAAUUCAGGUAGGUAAUCCUCGUUUUGAAUGUUUUCCUACUAAAAAAAAUAAUAAUAAUAAAAAAAAUAAAAAAGUGGGGGUGCAUGUGGAAGGGGAAGGUGUAACUAACCUUUUACGCCCUUUGUCUCGAGUUGAGGGGUUAAGGCCCUUUAGGUUUUUUUUUUUGACGCUUUUUUUCUGGCUGAUGAAUGAAAGCGAGGCUGUGCUGCGGGGCUCUGGCGGUGGGCUCUCUGAAUUGCAAGGCGUGGAGUUUGGAAAUGAAAUGUGUGGCGCUCGUAAUUUCUCGGUGGCCGAGUGAGUAGUACACGGUUCAUGCAUGCUGAUCGAGAGAUCAUGAGUUCGGAUCCUGCUCUGGAUGCGGCGGGGGAAACGGUGUGCAGAACAUGCGCGCACCUUUUUCGGAGGGGCAGAGAAGUUGUGCAUCUCUGCUUGUGUACAUCUCAAUCACAUCGAGUAUCUCGUGCGUGGGGCUGAGCGGUACACUACUACACACACACGUCUGUAGAUCGACCGAUCGCCGGUUCAAACCGUAAUGGAUAUGCUUUGCGGAGAAGUUGCAGAGUCAUGCUUACCUUUUUUGGAGGGGCAGAGAAGUUGUGCGUCUGCUUGAGUAUAAAAUUUCAUAAUAACAGCUCUGUAUCCUGUGCGGGGCUGAGUGGCGAUAACGGCGCUGGAAGAUGUGCACAACAUGUUGUGGACUUUGGAGAGAGAGAGAGAGAGAGAGAGAGAGAGAGAGAGAGAGAGAAGUUUGCAUCUGCUUUGUGUAAAUGUUAGCGGCGUAUGUCCUGUGGGGAGUUGUACACACAUGUGGCCAUCCAUUUUGAUCAUCGACAGAUCGCUGGUUGGAAUGCGGCUGGAUUUGAAAAAAUGGUUUGGGUGGUGGAAUGGGCAGGGAAGCUGCGCCGGGUUGUAUAAAUGUCAACAGGCUUUUUUUUAUGAGAUAAUAGUCAUAAAUUCAUGAUAUUGUAUUGUGAACAGUCUUUAUAAGAUAAUAAAAUCUUAAUACCGUA